UCCGAAAGGGUAGCGGGCCGGCGGGGCGCGGCUGCGCGGAGCGCGGCUUCCUGAGUGUCUGGUGGCGGCGGCCAUUUUGUGGUGCUUCUUCCCUCCGCUGUUCGGGCUGCGGUGUCGGGACCUGGCGAGGGGACGAGACGGAGCGGGGGGAGCCGGGGCCCUCACCCUCACCUUCCCUUCGCCUCCCUGCGCAGCGGAGCCCCCCUCCGGCGCUGCCCCCGGGUGCAGCUGAGAGCGGCACUCACUCACCAUUAUGGAAGACGACGGGCAGCCCAGGACCCUCUAUGUAGGAAACCUCUCCAGAGACGUGACUGAAGUUCUUAUACUUCAGUUAUUCAGCCAGAUUGGACCAUGCAAAAGCUGUAAAAUGAUAACAGAGCAACCCGAUAGCAGAAGGGUCAACUCUUCUGUUGGAUUUUCUGUUUUGCAGCAUACAAGCAAUGACCCUUAUUGCUUUGUGGAAUUUUAUGAACACAGAGAUGCAGCUGCUGCAUUAGCUGCUAUGAAUGGGAGAAAAAUUUUGGGAAAGGAGGUCAAAGUAAACUGGGCAACAACACCAAGUAGCCAGAAAAAAGAUACAUCCAAUCACUUCCAUGUGUUCGUUGGGGAUUUAAGUCCAGAAAUAACAACAGAAGACAUCAAGUCAGCAUUUGCUCCUUUUGGUAAAAUAUCGGAUGCACGGGUAGUUAAAGAUAUGGCAACUGGAAAGUCAAAAGGCUAUGGUUUUGUAUCUUUUUAUAACAAACUGGAUGCAGAAAAUGCUAUUGUACACAUGGGAGGCCAGUGGUUGGGAGGCCGUCAAAUCAGAACUAACUGGGCAACGCGGAAACCACCAGCCCCCAAAAGUACACAAGAAAACAACACAAAACAAUUGAGAUUUGAAGAUGUAGUAAAUCAGUCAAGUCCAAAAAACUGUACUGUGUACUGUGGAGGAAUUGCAUCGGGGCUAACAGAUCAGCUUAUGAGACAGACUUUUUCACCAUUUGGACAGAUUAUGGAAAUAAGAGUGUUCCCAGAAAAAGGUUAUUCAUUUGUAAGAUUUUCAACCCACGAAAGUGCGGCUCAUGCUAUUGUUUCAGUUAAUGGAACCACAAUUGAAGGACAUGUUGUUAAGUGUUAUUGGGGUAAAGAAUCCCCUGAUAUGACUAAAAACUUCCAACAGGUGGAUUACAGUCAGUGGGGGCAAUGGAGCCAGGUAUACGGAAAUCCACAACAGUAUGGGCAGUAUAUGGCUAAUGGGUGGCAAGUACCAUCAUAUGGAAUGUAUGGCCAGGCAUGGAAUCAACAGGGUUUUGGAGUAGACCAAUCUCCAUCUGCCGCCUGGAUGGGUGGAUUUGGUGCUCAACCUGCCCAGGGACAAGGUGCUCCUGUAAUACCUAACCAAGCUGGAUAUGGUAUGGCAAGCUACCAAACACAGUGAGCUGGGACUCUGUUUUAAAAGUGUGUAUUUCAUGAUAGGCUGCAGUUUCCAGUGACAUUCUGAAGACUGGAAUGUAGACAAUGGAGAGGAGAGAGGAGGAAAAAAAAAAAAAAAGAAAAUAUUUAUUUUAAAAAUGGAAAUGUUUGGAACCUUUAGCACAGCUUUGCUUUGGUGAAGGACACAAAUGUCUUCUAGUUCUGCCUUUUUAAGUUUUUGUUCAUGAUGGAUAUGAACAUGUUUUUCUUUGUGUACAAAAAUUCAAAAUAAAGUCAAUAAAGACAAUUCUGACUACAAAUUUUGAUAUAGUAGGAGAAAUGGCGAAUUAAUUUGAUCCUGAGGUUACCAUUCCAUUUUCUUUUUGGUUUUUUUUUUUGGUCUGUCCUCGGUGUUUUAUAUCACUGUGCUUUUUAAGAGAAAAAUGACCUUGAACAACAGCCAGUUGCUUUUAGUUGAACACACAUCCUGAAAGAAACUGUGGACCAAUCAGUCCAACCCUGCUAGACAGUAUUUGCCUUUCAAGGAACCUGUGGGUGUAGCUGAGAAAGUAUCUCUAGGUCUUGGAAUAAUUUUUUUAAAUGAAAAAAAAAAAAGUUUAAUUUUUCUACAUGCUAAAGAAAACUGAUACAAAGAGUAGUUUGGUCUACAGUGGAAAACAGUACUGUCUGAGGAACUUCACCUGACUUUUACUGUCCACGUUCAGGCACACACUGAAACUUUUCAGAGGUGAUUUGCUUCUUAAGACUGUAGGAAUUUUGUGUUUUAAUUUUGAGAAGUGAAAAAAAAAACAAAACAAAAAGGUUUUUUGCAAGUAUGUUGUUUGUAUUGCAAUCAGACAGCCAUACUUGUGCUUUUACAUCAAGUUUGAAGGCUACACAUUGUAAAUAUUUCAUAAUUGCAGUGUUUCAAAAGCAUGCUCAAACCUAGAAGUAGCAAUGUAAUUAUUCAAAGUAAUACUUAAUCUACUCUGCUGCUUUAAAUGCAGUAGGUUGACAAGAAUGUGCAAGACUGACAUUUCCAAAGUUGGCAAUUAUGUAAAGUUACACAAAGAACUAUAACAAAGAGCCUUAAUUUUAAUUUCAUAAAUCUUUUAAUGCAUCACCUUUUUUUGUCAUUUAGAAAUACAAAAAAUUUUGGGUUUGCUUUACAUUAUUUGGUAUGUAAAUACAUUAGUUAACGACCUUGUAAACCUAUUUCAAGGUUAUUAUAAGUUGUAUAGUAUCUUGAGUGUUUUGGAAAAUCUUGAUGUUUUUUAAGUCUAGAAAUAUUUUGCCCAAGAAUUUUUUAACAAGAUUGUUAAAAACAUCUUAUUUUAGAGACUAUUCAAUGUGCCAUUUGGUAAAUGGAGAUGCAGUUGAAACAGUACACUGAGUUGUGACUUAUUUUUAAUUAAAGUUUUUUGUCUUUAUGGGUGGUUUGCAUGUGAUGAACCUGUACAGAGGCUGGGUUGUUUGUGUACUGAGUGUGUAAAUGGAUAAAUCAUGAAGAUGUUUAAAUGGUAUACUUGGGUUAUUUCUGAAUUAUUUUAUGGAUACAUUGAUAUAAACUGCCUCAAUAAAUUUGAAGUUGAAAAUGAAUGUAAGGUAGAUACACGUACUGUGUCUUACCCGUGACAGCUAGAGGGUGCAGGUGUUUCAGCCUUACACCCAAAUACAGAGGCAGGCACAACCUAAAACAGCAGUAGGAUUUGCAGUGGUAGUUCAAUGAAGCAAACCUGCAUUUUGAAAGAAACAGAAUGUUUGAUUUUAGAGGCAAUAGCUCUAAAUGAGUGUAUGAGAAGCCACGUAGUUUAUUUUCCCUGUUUCUUGUCGUGCAGGUGUUGCAGGUCAGAGCAGAUUUUGAAAUGGAAACUUGAAGUUUUGUUAAACCUAGGCAAGCUGUGCAUAUAAUGACACUUAAUGCUGUAGCAAAUGGCAUGAGGUGGUUUUCUUUUCCUCCUCUUCUACUUGACAUGCUAAAUAGUACCUUGACUUUUGGAUCAGGUUGAAAGUGAGAUAUAUACUGGAAGAGAGAUUUAGUUGGUUGGCUUAACUGUACCCAGAGAUACUUGGAACUCUGGGCACCUCGUGCAUGCAAUAAUGACUGAAGUGUGGAACCAUAAGUGCUUGUGAUGACAGAGCUAGCCCUUUAUCUGUGUUUCUCCUUCCUGGUAUACUCAGUGUUUUUCCACUCCUGUUAGGAAUCUGGUCUCCACAACUCUUGUUUUUCUAUACAUGUUGUAUAUAUGUGUAUAUCUAUGCGAGGAUCGGCCUAUACAUUGUGGUUUGGAAAACAAAAACCACAAACAACUCUGCAUUUUUGUUACAUUGGGUGGUUUAAAAGAAACAACUUCACAGAUUGGUAGCUAUGUGAAUUGGAAGGUACUUUAGGGUCUCUUAGACCUCACUUGAAAUCUGGGGUUUCUGCAUCAUUCUAAGUGUUUGACAUAACUGCAUUCUGGGUGCAUGUUGGUAGGUAAGCAGUUCUGUUCUUAAGGCACUACUGAAGAUUUAGAUGAUGCAAGUACAUUGCCACAUAAAUGCCCAUCUGUAUGGGUGUAAGAUUAAGGCAGUGAUCUUUCAGGUCUCGAUGUGUAGAUCACCUUAAAUCUGAUUAUUCAAUAUGCCUGCUGUAGAGCUGGGCCGUACCUGACUGUGUUUCAGGAUGAAAGAUAAGAUAUACUUUCUCAUUUUUAAGGCUUUUGUCAUUGAUUUUUAUACAGCUUUUCCUUAAUGGUGAUACUUCUUCGCAGACUGCUGGAGGUAAUGGGAGUCUCCAGUGUCCUUUAAUGUUUUAGAGCACUGCAAGGAAGAGUUGUCCUUUGGAUUGCUUUCUACUCAGUAGUGUUCACAAAUGCGUCACUGACAGUGUUUUUGGCACCAAAGAGCCUCUUGCACCAUACUGCUUUUAUGAGUGACUGUUAAACUGUUGUAAUUUCUCUCACUACGGAAAUCAACCACUGCCUAACCCCUUCCCACUAGGAUUUGGGAUUUGGAAAGUAUUGAUUUAUCAUGGCUUAACUCGAUUCGUGCAACCUGAAGCGAGGUUGUAAUCUGCAGUUGCAGAAAGCAUUCAAUAAAAAUGGAACCUGAUAAAGGG